AUGCGACGGUCUGUGAGCGCACGCGUCAUAAAUGUGAGCGCGAAUUGGCACGUGUUUAGCAAAAUACGUUUGAAUAACAUGAACCUCCAUAACGGCUCCUACACUGCGGCAAAGGCUCACUUGCAGUCCAAACUGGCACUGGUGUUGUUCACCCGAGAAAUGGCCAACCGGUUGGGUGGUCCACAUAGCAAGGUCAAGACGUACGCUAUUAACCCGGGUAUUGUCAACACGAGACGCGUGGAUAAUAUUGUGGCCAGAUUUCUCAAGGCAUUGAUAGCUUUGAGUAUUGAGAUGGGACCGCAAACCUACCUGUACUGCGCACUGGCUCAACAGCUCGACAAUGAGUCGGGGCAUUAUUAUGAGUAG